GUGUUCCCAGGCCUGGCGCCGGGCCGGGCAGCGGUGGCGGCGGCGGGAGGCCCAUGUGGCGGGCCAGGUGGGACCCCGGCGUCCUGAAGGCCGAGGCGCUGGCCCUGCUGCCCUGCGGCCUGGGCAUGGCCUUCUCCCAGUCCCACGUGAUGGCGGCGCGCAGGCACCAGCACAGCCGGCUCAUCAUCGAGGUGGACGAGUACAGCCCCAACCCCACGCAGGCCUUCACCUUCUACAACAUCAACCAGGGCCGCUUCCAGCCGCCGCACGUGCAGAUGGUCGACCCAGUGCCUCAUGACGCCCCCAAGCCUCCUGGCUACACCCGCUUUGUCUGUGUGUCUGACACCCACUCGCGGACGGACCCCAUCCAGAUGCCCUACGGCGACGUGCUGAUCCACGCCGGCGACUUCACAGAGCUGGGGCUGCCUAGCGAGGUCAAGAAGUUCAACGAGUGGCUCGGCAGCCUGCCCUACGAGUACAAGAUCGUGAUCGCCGGCAACCACGAGCUGACCUUCGACCAGGAGUUCAUGGCCGACCUCAUCAAGCAGGAUUUCUACUACUUCCCGUCCGUGUCGAAGCUGAAGCCGGAGAACUACGAGAACGUGCAGUCCCUGCUGACCAACUGCAUCUACCUGCAGGACUCGGAGGUCACCGUGCGGGGCUUCAGGGUCUACGGCUCCCCGUGGCAGCCCUGGUUUUACGGCUGGGGCUUCAACCUCCCCCGAGGCCAAGCGCUGCUGGAGAAGUGGAACCUCAUCCCCGAGGGUGUGGACAUCCUGAUCACCCACGGCCCCCCUCUGGGCUUCCUGGACUGGGUCCCCAAGAAGAUGCAGCGGGUGGGCUGCGUGGAGCUGCUCAACACCGUGCAGCGGCGGGUGCAGCCGCGGCUCCAUGUCUUUGGACACAUCCACGAAGGCUACGGCGUGAUGGCGGACGGCACGACCACCUACGUGAACGCGUCCGUGUGCACCGUCAACUACCAGCCCGUGAACCCGCCGAUCGUCAUCGACCUGCCCACGCCCCGGAACUCCUGACUGGCCCUGCGGGCCCCCGCGCGCCCCGUGCCCCGCGCGCCCCCCGCCCCGCA